AUGGUGUUCGCUAUGGUUCCUCUGCCCUUCUUGAUAUUGGGAUUCAAGUUUUACUACUUCAAGGUCUUCGAUACAGACUACAAGUACUACGACCGUGCCAACCUGAGCGACGCUAAGGCGCUUAGAGGUGUGGGCAAGCUCAGUAAGAAGGCGACCGAGCGGCCUAACUCCAAGUUCGGAGGAUGA